CGCCGGGGAGGUCUCGCUCCUGCCCUGCAGGCCCCUCCCUGGCUGGCCCAGCCCCAGGGUGCGCGCGGCCGGACACCCCAGGCUAGGCGGCCGCGGUCCGGCCUCGCCCCAGACGCUGCGCUCUGAGCCAGGCGUCCGCGGGGAUCCCCCGCGGGUUCAGCGCCGUCCUGACCCCGGGGCUGCGUCCCAAGAGAUUCCGAGGGCGAGGGCGAGGGUUUUGUGCUCACUCCUGCCUGGGUGGCUUCUGUUGGCUCUCCUUCGAGAACAUGGUGCAGAAGUACCAGUCUCCUGUCCGCAUCUACAAGUACCCAUUUGAGCUGGUCAUGGCGGUGUCUGCUCUGGCCUACGAGAAGCGCUUCCCCACUUGCCCGCAGAUCCCCGUCUUUCUGGGCAGCGAGGUCCUGCAAGAGUCCCGCAGCCCUGACGGGGCGGUGCACGUGGUGGAGCGGAGCUGCAGGCUGCGUGUGGAGGCCCCGCGGCUGCUGCGCAAGAUUGCGGGCGUUGAGCACGUGGUUUUUGUGCAGAGAAACGUGUUGAACUGGAGGGAGAGGACCCUCCUCAUCGAAGCCCACAAUGAGACCUUUGCCAACCGCGUGGUAGUCAACGAGAGCUGCAGCUACACAGUCCACCCCGAGAAUGAAGAGUGGACUUGCUUUGAGCAGUCGGCCUCGCUCGACAUCCGUUCCUUCUUUGGCUUCGAAAGUGCCUUGGAGAAGAUCGCCAUGAAGCAGUACACGGCGAACGUCAAGAGGGGGAAGGAGGUGAUUGAGCAUUACCUGAACGAGCUCAUCUCCCAGGGCACGUCUCACAUCCCCCGGUGGACGCCUGCCCCCGUCCGAGAGGAGGACGGCCGCGCCCAAGCUGCGCUGAGGGACCCGGGCUCCCUGGAGGCCGACGGGCCCCGCGGCGCCCCAGGCCCUGCCCCCGAGAUGGUGGUCACGGACGGGGACAAGCUAGAUGCGGACUACAUCGAGCGGUGCCUGGGCCAUCUCACGCCCAUGCAGGAGAGCUGCCUCAUCCAGCUUCGGCACUGGCUGCAGGAGACCCACAAAGGCAAGAUUCCCAAGGAUGAGCACAUCCUUCGGUUCCUGCGGGCGCGUGACUUCCACCUGGACAAGGCGCGGGAGAUGCUGUGCCAGUCCCUGAGCUGGCGAAAGCAGCACCAGGUGGACCUCCUCCUUCAGACCUGGCGCCCCCCUGCUCUCCUGGAGGAAUUCUACGCGGGCGGCUGGCACUACCAGGACAUAGAUGGCCGCCCCCUCUAUAUCCUGCGCCUGGGCCACAUGGACACCAAAGGCUUGAUGAAGGCUGUGGGGGAGGAGGCGCUGCUGAAGCACGUGCUUUCCGUCAACGAGGAAGGACAGAAGAGAUGCGAAGGGAACACAAAGCAGUUUGGCCGUCCCAUCAGCUCCUGGACCUGCCUGGUGGACCUGGAAGGUCUCAACAUGCGGCACCUCUGGCGGCCGGGGGUGAAGGCCCUGCUGCGGAUGAUUGAGGUGGUCGAGGACAACUACCCUGAGACCCUGGGCCGGCUGCUCAUCGUGCGGGCGCCCCGCGUCUUCCCCGUGCUCUGGACGCUGAUCAGCCCCUUCAUCAAUGAGAACACGAGGCAGAAGUUCCUGAUCUACAGCGGCAGCAAUUACCAGGGCCCCGGAGGCCUCGUGGACUACUUGGAUAAGGAAGUGAUCCCCGACUUCCUGGGGGGAGAGUGUGUGUGCAAUGUCCCUGAAGGAGGACUGGUCCCCAAGUCCCUGUACCUUACAGAAGAGGAGCAGGAGCACACAGACCAGCUGCGGCAGUGGAGAGAGACCUACCAGUCGGCCAGCGUGCUCCGAGGGGCCCCCCACGAGGUUGCCGUGGAGAUUCUGGACGCCGAGUCCGUCAUCACCUGGGACUUCGACAUCCUGAGAGGGGACGUGCUGUUCAGCCUGUACCACAGCAAGCAGGUGCCCAAGCCGGGGCCCCAGGAGCCCGGGGGCAGGGCCAGUGGGCCGCUGACGGACAAAGGCUGGGUCCUCGGUGUGGAUGGCAGCCGUGUGGAGGCCCCCCUUAUCUGCCGGGAAGGGGAGAGCGUCCAGGGCUCCCAUGUGACCCGCUGGCCUGGCAUCUACUUGCUCCAGUGGCAAAUGCACAGCCCCCCGGGCAGUGUGGCCUGCAGCCUCCCUGGCGUGGAGGACGUCCUGACGGCCCUGCACAGCCCUGGCCCCAAGUGCAAACUCCUCUACUACUAUGAGGUGCUGGCGUCUGAGGACUUCAGGGGCUCCAUGUCCAGCCUGGAAUCCUGCACCAGCGGCUUCUCCCAGCUCAGCGCCACCACCUCCUCCUCUUCUGGCCAGUCCCACAGCAGCCCCCUGGUCUCCAGAUAGCUGGGGCUGAGCCCUCUGGGGCAGCCCGCUCGCCUCCCACGUUUCCAGUGUCCGUGAGGUCUGGGACCACGUGGGCUGCAGCCCUGGGUCUGGACACUGAGUUCGGGCAUCUGGAGCGAUGGCUAUGAUCCAGCUCACGCGCUUUCCUCAGGAUGCAAGGACAGGACCAUCUCCUCUGGGCUUCAUUUAAGGAAAAGCCAAGGAGUGGGUGGGCCACGUUUGGGUCUGCCUGGUCUGGGAGCUCAGGGAUGUCACAGGCUCAGCAGCCCGUCUCCACCUCUGGCUCUGCUUUCCCUGGGGCAGCCUCCUUCUCAGUGCCCUCCCCAUGCUCCCUCCCUCCCCCCAGCUUAGCUGUGGAAGAGAACCCCUCUCCCCCAAAGUUCCAUCCAACCUCCCAGAAUGGAGUCUAAUCAGCCCACCUGGGUCCCGCACUGGUCCUUGCACCAAUCACAGUUGCCAGGGGAACAGAGAACACAGAUUGGUCAGCAGGGUCCUGUGUCCCAUCUGGACCCAUCACCAUACAGGGAGGGGGUUUCAGUGAUUGGCCUGCCUGGACCACAUGCUUGGUCCAGAAGCCAAACCACCUGGUUUUGAAAAUCACAAGGGGGUUGCCUCCAGGAACACUGGGGUACCUGCUCAGAACAGGGAGAGAAUUCUGGGUGGGCAGAAAUGACUGGCUCUCACAUCAGAUUCCACAGUGAUGCCCUGGGUCCCAAGACAUGCAUGGUGAGGAGUUGUAUGAGUUACAGGCUCUACUUUCUGUGGGGAGUGCCCUACCCCUCCCACCCCCCCUGAUCUGAAAUCCAUUAUCCCAGAGCUUGGCUGGGAAGGAAA